AUGGUGCAACUCACCGAAAUCACUGAGAAGACCGAGUCUUCACUAAAAAUCUCAGACGAUCAAAAUGCACCACCACAACAAACACAAACAACAACUACUACAGACAAGGAUUCUCAAAAUGAGGCUAUAUCAACACCAGCGGCAGCAGGUCCAAUCGGCCCAUCACCGCCAGAAGUCGCAGCCCCAGAGCUGCCGCCCCAGCUCGCCCGCAACGCCGGCAAGACGGCCGAGGAGAUCAUGGAGGACCUGAACAAAUCACCGCUGUUCAUGACUGAGCUGGAGGAGAACGAUGACGUGGCCGCGCUGGAGGCGCUGGCCUACGAGGGCACGCCGCUUGAGAACGCCACGGACUUCAAGGAGCGCGGCAACGAGUGCUUCAAGCAGCGGCGGUGGCGCGACGCGGUCGAGUUCUACGGGAGGGGCGUCGCGAUCGUGGUGAAGGAGGGCAAGCGCCGCGAGAAGGGCGAGAGGCCGCGCGAGAACGACCCGCGGGGCGACGACGAGGCCGAGGUGGCGGCGCAGCGCGCCGUGCUCGAGGCGCUGUACGUCAACCGCGCCGCGGUGCAGCUGGAGCUGCAGAACCACCGCUCGUGCUGGCUGGACUGCGCCGCGGCGCUGAAGCUGAACCCGCGCAACGUCAAGGCGUGGUACCGCAGCGCGCGGGCGCUGCUGGCCGUGGGGCGGGUCCAGGAGGCCGACGACGCGUGCGCGGGCGGGCUGAGCGUCGACGGCGACAACGCCAGCCUGCGCGCCGUCGCGAGGGACAUCAUCGCGCGCGCCGAGGAGCAGGACCGCAAGGCCAAGGCCGAGGAGGACAAGAGGCGCGCGCUGCAGCGGCGCGCGGCGUUCCUGGCCGGCGCGCUCAAGGAGCGCAACGUCACCGUCCGCACGAGCGGCAGGCCGCCCGACAUGGGCGACGCGCGGCUCGAGCUCGUGCCCGACCCGGAAGACCUCAACAGCACGCUCAGCUUCCCCGCCGUGCUGCUGUACCCGCUGCACUACGAGAGCGACUUCAUCAAGGCCUUCAACGAGAAGGAGGCGCUCGUGCAGCACUUUGGCUACGUGUUCCCGCUGCCGUGGGACAAGGAGGGUGAGUACAGCACCAACUCGGUGGAGUGCUUCAUGGAGACGGCGGCGGGCGGCUUGGUCAAGGUCGGCAAGAAGGUGCCGCUGCUGAAGGUGCUGAGCCUGGACAGUGUCGAGGUGGUCGAUGGGGUCGUGAAGAUCUACGUGGUCCCCAAGGCCAAGGCGGACGCCUGGGUGCAGGACUUCAAAGCGGCCAAAGCGAAAGAGAAGGAAGUUGGGAAGUCGUAG